ACUCACAGAUACGCCAAACCCAUCCGCCAUCCUCUGUAGUCUGUACCAAUCAUCUCCAGCUCCCACUUCUCUGUUCAAUUCCGAGCGACACUUACCUUCCUCCAACCAACUCCAAAUAUCUUUCUUCUCUCUCCUUCUCUCUCGCACACCACACCACACCACACCCACUCGAUCAAUCUCUCUCUCUCUCUCCAUCUAUAUAUAUUCUUCUACUAUUCGUAUUGCCCAUUUCCUUCUUCUAGUUCUUUCCUUCUAAACCAAAUAUAGCUAAGUUUUCUGAAGUGAUGGCGGAGGAGGAAGCCAAGAAGGCCGAGCCGGAGCCUUCUCCCGAGGCUCCUCCUGCGGUGGAGGAGCCGGUUGAAACUCCUAAGGACGUGGCUGAGGAGAAAGCCGUCAUUCCGCUGCCUCCUACUGAAGAGAAAGCUGAGGAGUGCAAAGCUCUUGCCGUGGUUGAAAAACCAGAAGCUGCUGAGGAGAAGAAACCUGAGGGCUCUAUAAACAGAGAUGCUGUGCUUGCUCGGGUAGCUACAGAGAAGAGGUUGUCUUUGAUUAAAGCAUGGGAAGAAAGUGAGAAGUCAAAAGCUGAAAACAAGGCUCAGAUGAAAGUAUCUGCUAUCGCAGCUUGGGAGAACAGCAAGAAAGCGAGUCUAGAGGCUGAGCUUAAGAAAAUUGAGGAGCAACUGGAGAAAAAGAAAGCAAAAUAUAUAGAGACAAUGAAGAACAGAGUUGCUCUCAUCCACAAGGCAGCAGAAGAAAAACGAGCGAUAAUUGAAGCCAAACGUGGGGAAGAUCUUCUCAAAGCUGAGGAAAUAGCAGCAAAAUAUCGUGCCACUGGAACUGCUCCAAAAAAGCUGCUCGGCUGUUUCUGAAGCUGACAUUAAAUUUGAAAACUGAAGUUGCAUUUGUACAUUUUGCAUUUGAAUAUCUGUUUAUCUUUCAGAUACACCGUGUGUUGAUUUGGAGUAGAAUUAUGUUUGUUGUUCAUUGUUAUGUGUGAAUAGUGAUAUGUAUUUGUUUAUAGAUAUGGUCUGGAGAAUACUAGCUCCUCUAUUUGUGAAAACAAAGAUUCAAGUUUGCAAGAAAUUUUGUUAUUUUGGUAUCAUUA